AUGGCACACUCUACUCUAUCGCACGAUGACUAUACCGUGGCAUGGAUCUGUGCGUUGCCGAUAGAAAUGGCCGCUGCAAAAGUGAUGCUGGAUGAAAUACAUCACGACCGCAUCGAGAAUCAGCCGCCAACCGAUCACAACACCUAUACACUAGGCAAACUGCACGGCCACGAUGUGGUGAUUGCCGGCUUGCCGUUAGGUAUCUACGGGACCACGUCGGCAACCGCAGUCUUAACACAGAUGCGGCCAACAUUCCCAUCGUUGCGAUUUGCCCUUAUGGUUGGUAUUGGGGGAGGAGUCCCCGGAAAGGCUGACGUUCGACUUGGAGACGUGGUGGUCAGCAAGCCAACUGCGAGUGGAAGUGGUGUGAUACAGUAUGAUUACGGGAAAACAAUGCGUAAUGGAUGCUUUCUACCAACCGGGUUUCUCGAUAAACCUCCCCGGUUUUUGUUGACGGCGAUGACUAAAAUAGAAAGUAAUCAUAUGAUGGGAGAACGACCGAUUAAGCAAAUCAUUGUUGAUGUUCUCGAGAAGAAAAAAGACAUGAGAGACAAGUUCUCUCGACCAAGUGAUGACUGGCUUUUCUCCGCGACAUAUCCUCAUCAAAACGAUGACCAUGACUGCUCUACCUGUGACCUUAAUCAGCUAAUAGAUCGUCCAGGGCGAGCAACUAAUGAGCCUUAUAUCCAUUAUGGAUUAAUCGCCUCUGGAAAUCAAGUUAUGAAAGAUGCGCAGACUCGGGACCAGAUUGCACAAGACCCGAUAAUACUCUGCUUUGAGAUGGAGGCGGCGGGUCUGAUGGAUCAGAUUGGAUGCCUAGUGAUUCGUGGAAUUUGCGACUACUGCGAUUCUCACAAACAAAAACAGUGGCAGGGCUAUGCAUCGUUAGCUGCGGCAGCAUAUGCCAAGUUGCUGCUAUCUGUUGUUGGAACUGAAUUUAGUUCAGAAGAGAACGCAUGCCUGGGUUCUUUAUCUAAAAUAAACCCGAUUGAAUACAGGAAUAAACCGAAGUGGAUAAAAUAUCGUGCUCAAGGCACAUUCGAAUGGAUUAUUGAAACACCUGAGCUUCGAACUUGGCUUGGUUCACAGGAAGUUUCUACUGAAGUCCAUUCCAACAUCCUCUGGCUGUAUGGUUACCCAGGAACUGGAAAAUCUACAAUGGCAAUCACCAUUAUAGAGAAGGUUCUGAAUCACCCUCUUUUUGUUAAUAGAGAUGCCACCCUUUCCUACUUCUUCUGUAACUCCAGUUCCCAGGAGUACCGCACCUCGAUUGCUAUACUGGGUGGUCUUCUAUACCAGAUAGCCGAGCAGCUUCCGCAAUCGAUGAAACACUUACUCCCCAUAUUUCAAGAACGAAAGGAGAAUCCUUUUGAUUCUUUUGAUAUACUAUGGAAUAUUCUUAUCGACAUUUCUCGUGUAAAUGCCACCUGUCAAUUCUACUGUGUCAUUGAUGCUUUGGAUGAAUGCGAUCAAGAGUCACAGAAAACACUCUUGACUCAGAUCAAACAAACUUUUGCAAAUGACAAUAACAGUAUGAACAUACAUUUCCUGAUUACCAGUCGACCUCACCCUGAAAUUAGGGACUAUUUAUGUUGGUUUAAAUCCAAGGAGUUGUCUACCUACCAGGAAGUCGGAAAUGACCUCCGAAUACUGAUCAGGCAAAAGGUCAACGAGCUCUCUCAAACAAAACAAUAUCCUGAGAAUGUGAAACGAAAAGUAUCGGAAAUCCUUCAAGAAAAAGCAGAAGGGACAUUUCUAUGGGUUGGUAUCGUAUGUGAUGACUUGACAAGUGAGAGUGCAAGAAACGCUAUCACAAAACUGCAAAGUUUACCUCGAGGGCUGGAUUCACUUUACUCCCGAUUACUAGAAACAGCCUUGGCAAAAGCGGAGAAAGAAAAACAUAACCUUAUCCUACAGAUUCUCAGUGUCGUCACAGUCUCACGACGCCCUCUUAACGUUGCAGAGCUCUCUAUUGCGUGUGGACUCUGCGAGAAUGAAGGAGGAGAAAAUCUUCUCAUAUCGCUGGAAGUAAUCGAUAUGUGUCAUCUUAUGAUUGUGGUCAAAGAUGACAUCGUACGUCUCCUGCACAAGUCCAUGAAAGACUUCCUCCUUCGUGUUCAGGGAGGAAACCUGAUCAACCUCUCAAGAGAAAAUGCGACCUUGGCAUAUCGUUGUAUUAAUUACUUUUUAUCCAAUGCGCAAUCAAUCAACGGCAUGCAGAACGGCAAGGUAAACUGCGGGUUUCUUGAGUAUGCGGUCCUCUAUUGGCCUGAACAUGCCUCAGCUGCGCAGGCUGAAUUCGAUGUCCAACCAGCUCAUACCCAUUUCUUUCAACUGGUAUCAAAGGAAAGGGAACAGUGGCUAGAGGCCUACAACAGCGAAUUGAAGUUUUCAUCCACCCCGAAGGAAUUCUCGGUUAUCCAUGUAGCAGCGGCAUGGAACAUACCAAAUCUCAUCGACUUCAGUAUGGUCAAUAUCUCAACGAUUCAGAAAUUGAAGAUGCUUUUUUGGGCCUAUCCUGGUACCGGAUGGUAUACGCGGCCUUGGAAAGGACGGCAUCUACACAAAGCGCUUCUCAAUGCACAGGACGGUACUGGUAAGAGUCCACUUCACUGGGCGAUUAUCAAGAGCCAUACGCAUAUCAUAGACGUUUUCUUACAACAAGGGGCUGAUGUGGACUUGCGGGAUAAUGAGUCUAAGUGUGCCCUACAUUUUGCCGCAGAAAUCGGGGACGAACGACUUGUUCAGAUCCUUCUCAGGUCGCCAAAAAACCUGGAGGCCAAAGAUAAUCAAGGUCGAACCCCAUUGCUCAUUGCAGUGGAUAACUUGCAAUUUGAAGUUAUUCAUCGCCUAGUUAAUGCUGGAGCUCAGGUUAAUGCUCUCAACAACAUGAAUCAGAACGCUUUACAUCUCAUCUGCAUAAAAAGGCAGUCAAGUGACAGCUGUAAUUUGCUUCGGUAUUUUAUUGGCCAUGGAAUCUCUGCAUGUGAAUGCGAUAUAGAAAAUAUGACACCCUUCCUUUAUGCAAUAGGAAAUGGAAGUGAAGAUCUAGCUGCAUUUUUACUUGAAAAUGGAGUUGAUGUGAACUUUCAGAUUCAUAGGAAAUCAUGGGUUGGUCGAACGCAGAAUGUUUUUCUCUAUGAUGAGAUGGACAAUGACUGUGAAGAAAUAUCUGAAGGCGAACAGGGCUCAGGAUUGAGUGCCCUUCACUUUUCGGCCUUGAAAGGGGACGUGAGGAUGACAGAGUUUUUACUCCAUCACCGUGCUGAUCCUAAUACGAAGUCUGAUGCUGGGGAUACCCCCUUACAUCUGGCCAUUCGAAAAGAAUUGAUAGGAAUUAAAUAUCAGGACCCCUGGGUAACUGACGAAUAUGCAGUUGAGAUGCUAAGGGACAUUUAUGAGCCGGAUAGUGACGAGGCUACUGAGAUAAAUCAACAGAUUGAUCAAGCCAGAAUAGACGUCGUUCGCGUACUUCUGGAGAGCAGUACCGUCGAUGUCAACAUAGUCAACAAUCGUGGCGACUAUCCGCUACACCUGAUUCCAUAUAUUACAAAAUAUGGAGAUAUCAUCCUGGAAAUGCUAAUAUAUAAUAAAGCAAUUGUGUCGCAAUUGAAUCACAAGAAUCAGACAUGUCUUCACCUUGCCAGCCGGGCAGGAAACCUUAAAGCUAUUGAAAGACUUAUAAGAAGGGAAGAAUGCGACUUUACUUUACUUGACGCUAAUGGGUUAAGUCCCCUUCACCACGCCGUUAUUUGUGAUGAGCCACACAUCGUACGAUUCAUGUUGGAUCGUUUCCAGGACAAGGAACGAGAAUUUUGGAAGCAACUUGACCACUUGGGGAAGAAUAUUCUCCAUCAUCAUGUUCAAUCACUUCUUUGUUCCAGGAAGAUGAUUGAUUUGCUUCUUGAAUACGGAUUCCCGAUCAAUGACCUUGAUGCAGAAGGGGAUUCUAUUCUUAGCUUAUAUUUGAGUUCCCCGCACUUGAGUGUUCAAGCUGAUACCUUUCAAUACAUUCUGAGAAAGACUUCCACUGAAUGCAUAAAACGAGUGGACCGAAAAGGACGGAAUUUGAUACACCUAUCGAUGCGUCAGCGGAGAGUGAGUAAUGUCACUAUUCUCGAGGAUCUAUUAAAGUCCGGCAUAGACAUAAAUGCGAAAGACGUCGAAGGCAGAGGUAUUAUGCAUCAUGGCGCAAUUCACGGUGCAUUCAACAAAGCCCUUACGCAGUUUUUGCAAGCAAGACCCAUCUUCAAGCUUCAUGAAAGGGAUCUGCAUGGUAAGACACCUCUCGAAUAUGCAGAAGAGGAGGCAAAUCGUGAACGGGAUGGGGUGGAUGAGGAUGAGAUCCAGUGGAAACAAUCAUUACAAAAUCUAAGGCAUGCAGAGCUAUUCGAAAUUGAUCACAGCUAA